CAAAAGGCUUUAUUCAACCUAUAUAGUUUAUUACAGACCUGAUGUGAUCGUUAUUUUAAAAAGAUAUUGUAUGCAAUCUCAAGAUACCAAUCUUGUGUUCGUAAAUGGUUACACACCUGAAUACAAUAGUUUAUUGAACGUGACUGCUGUACUUGGCAAGUUUCCAGUGUGUAAAACGCAUACCCAUUACAGAAAAAGCUCGAUAUUCAAUAUAGCGGAACAAAAUAUCGUUAUUAAAAUCCAGCAACAGAACUGCACAGAACCAGGAAGAAUUGUUCCCCAAUGAUUUAAUACUGCUGUAAUGGCGACUUGUUCUACUGUUUGGGGAUUCUUGCUAUUGGUAUAUACGUGUACAUUGGACAACACUGUUGGAGAUCCCUGCUCUACUUACAACGUGUUGACGGGUGAGAUCCGCCGAUCUACAGCAUACACCUUGACGCCUUCAGACACUGCGAUAUGUGACAACUUUCUAACGGAACAAUGGUACCGUAUUGACAGUGCCGCCGGAAAUGAGAUAGUUCGCUCCUGUCCCGCUAUGACACAGUGUGGCACCAUGUAUCCGCUGUGGAUGAACGGUGUCCUCCCGUUGGCAUCUGACGGCGAAGUUGACAGAAUCGUGUGUCAGAGUGGAAUAUCCGGAUGCUGCGAAUCUUCACUAACCAUUAAAGUCAAGAACUGUGGAACGUUUUAUGUAUACUACUUGAAAAAACCGUCUGGCUGUCCCAUUUCCUAUUGUUUCGGAACAUUAUAUGUCAACACUACUACCACAACGACAACUACAACAACAACAACAGCAACAGCGACAACAACGGCGACGGACAAACCCUCAACAACUGAAUGUCCUAAAGGACAGGAAAAAAAUGAAAAAGAGCACAAACACCAUAGGCACACUUUAAGACACAUCUUGAAGUUUUUGGUUCCUUUCCUGGUAAUUGUGCUUGUUGUCCUAAUAGCUGUGUGUGCCAUCAAACUCUACAAACGGAGAAAACCGAAGGCUGACGAUAAGGUAGUCCCGGAGAUUAUGGUGGAAGUCAAGAUCGAAAAAGAACCGCUUCCCAGUGACGGUGACGUCAUCAUUCCGUCCGCACCCCCUGUCGUACUAGCAGGGAACUUCAUCAAGAAGGAUAAACAGUGAUAAAAACAUGUUGUUUUCAUAUCAUUAAAAUACGAUAUAUUACGUGUAGAAUCAAUUGAAAGAUCAUGGGUAUAUUUUAACUUGUUUUAUAUAUUCCCGAUAUUUCUUCAUGAUUACGCAUGGGUUUUGUAAACGGACAUUUAUUGAUUUUUAUCAUUUAUUUUGUUGCUUGUUGAUAGCCUGCUUUGCUGGCAUGUAUAAAUCCAUUCGAUGAAUCGGGCUUCAGUGCUUAAGUAUAAUCAUGCAUUUCACAAAAUUAGAUAUGUGAGCUGUCGUUAACUGCUAAUUCCACCGAUAUUUGAACAUUUUGCAACCAAAAAACAGUAAUCCUUCGUACUAUGUAAUAACAGAGAUCUCGCGAUUUGGAACUAUAAUGUUUACAUUCAUCUUAACAUCUGUAUUUAUAUACCUACAUACUUCCCCAUUAUGAUUAAGGCUGGUACAAUAACUAUAAACAUUUUAAUCCAAUGAAAACCGUCGGUGAUACAUAUACCACUUCGCUUCCUAUGCAUCUACCCAGUCACAUUUCGGAAUAAUUCUGUUGACUAGGUUGUAAUUUUGCUUAUACUGAGAUCAUCAUUAUUGAUUUGUUAUAUUUACUUGUCUUUGUUAUAUUGUCAUGGUUACAGGAAAUUGCCCCUUUACUAUCCUUUGAUAAAAACAAGCAGUGAAAUUAUCGGUCGUUAUUCCGAUAAUGGGGAUAGAUUACCAUAAAGGAAGUUUUCAGAGGGACAUAAUUAUACGUUCUACGUAUGUUGUUGUUUUGAUUUAGAUUUUUUACCUUUAAAAUUUAGAAUGUUGACGAUGGUCUUUGGCCAUAUAUCUCAUCUCGCUCAUAAAGAAGUCCUGGGGACAUACAAGCAAAGUCCUUUAUAUUCAUGCAUGGAAAUUCUUUAUAUUUACAGAAAGGAACCUCACAUUAGUACAAACAGGUAACAGGAUCAUAUAUUAUAGGAUUCAACAUUCUUUUCGAAGAAUUUAUCGAUGUGUAAACUCUGGACAUUUUACUCACAAACUGAAUAAGAGUGCGAAGCACUUUUAUGUUAAGUUUGUGAGUAAAAUGUCCAGAUUUUACACAUCGAUAAAUUAUUCAAAAGGAAUGUUUGAUUCUUAUAAUUCCAAUUUGCUCCCUGUAUUAUCAAUUUCAAAAAUUUGAAUAGUUUCCCUGCACAUAUGUUAUUUGUUUUCAGGCGUGUAUGAACACAUAGCGCUUUUGGAUUUCUUGAUGUGUAAAUUUUCAUUUUGCUUUAUUUUGUCCAAUCAAAACGAUUGUAAUAAAUAACAUUGGAAUUAUAAACUUGUAUCAAUAUGUGGUAUUGUUAACAACAUUUAGUUUUGAAAAAAUAAAUUGUUUCUGUUUA